AUGUUUGGCAAUGAAAUUAUGCAGCAGGAAAUCAGGCCCUUCGUGGCAGUGGAUAUAAUAGAACAACUUCACAGACAGUUUGCCAUUCUUUCAGGAGGCCAAGGGAAAGAUGGUGCCCCCAUCAUCACUUUUCCAGAAUUUGCAGGGUUCAAACACAUCCCAGAUGGGGACUUCCUGAAUGUCAUGACCUACCUGACUAGCAUACCCAGCAUGGAGGCUGCCAGCAUUGGAUUCGUCAUUGUUAUUGACAGACGAAGGGACAAGUGGAGCUCCAUAAAGGCAUCCUUGACACGAAUAGCUGUAUCAUUUCCGGGAAACUUGCAGCUCAUCUUCAUCCUUCGUCCAUCUCGCUUUAUCCAGAGGACCCUCACAGACAUCGGCAUUAAAUAUUAUCGAGAUGAAUUUAAAAUGAAAGUGCCGAUCAUCAUGCUGAAUUCUGCUUCUGAUCUUCAUGGCUACAUUGAUAAAAGCCAGCUCACACCAGAGUUAGGGGGAACUUUGGAAUAUCGCCAUAAUCAAUGGAUAAAUCAUCGAACUGCCAUCGAAAACUUUGCCUUGACAGUGAAGACCACUGCCCAGAUGCUCCAGAUGUUUGGGGCUUGUCUUGCUGAGCCAGAGCUGUCCAGAGGCAUACAGUCCACUCGAGACCUUCUCAUGGCCCACAUGAGGCAGCGGGACAAACUGAAGAAUGAGCUGAAGUUACUUAGAAAGCAAGGGACCACAUUGCUGUCAUGUAUCCAAGAACCAGCCACCAAAAAUCCCACCAGCAAACUCAAUCACAAUGAAUUUGAGAAUGUCACUACUAUGGGAAGAUUAUUAGUUCAGUUGGAUGAAACAGAAAAGGCCUUUAGUCAGUUUUGCUCUGAGCAUCACCUGAAGCUUAACCAAUGCCUACAGCUACAGCACUUUGAGGACAGUUUUUGUGAGGUUAAACUUGUCCUGGAUAAUUUGUUGGAAGAGCAAGCAGAGUUCACAGACAUUGGAGACAGUGUGAAGCGUGUGGAACAACUUCUUAAGCAACGCAAGGACCUGGAGGAAAAAGGCCAGGAGCCCUUGGAAAAGGCCCGACUCUGUGCACUAUUUGGGGACCAGCUCAUCCAAAGCCAUCACUAUGCAGUAGACACCAUUAGGCCCAAGUGUGUGGAGCUUAGGCACCUCUGCGAUGACUUCAUCAAUGAAAACAAGAAAAAAGAGGACAUCUUAAGGAAGUCGUUGGAGUUGAAUAAACAGCUGGACAAGGUCAGGCAGUGGUGUGAAGCAGGGAUCUACCUCUUGGCUUCCCAAGCUGUAGACAAGUGCCAGUCACGAGAAGGAGUUGACACUGCUUUGAACGACAUUGAGACAUUCCUGGGCACGGCCAAGGAGUACCAGUUGCCCAGCCCCAAGGACUUUUACAACCAGUUUGAGUUGAUUCUCACCGUUGACCUAAAGGCCAAUGCCCAGAAAGUCCUGCAGAAGCUGAGUGAUGUGCAGGAAAUAUUUGACAAAAGGCAAGUGAGCCUGAAGAAAUUGGCAGCCAAACAGACUCGCCCAGUGCAACCUGUGGCCCCCCAUCCUGAGUCCUCCCCAAAAUGGGUGUCACCAAAAACCAACCAGAUCUCUGCCUUGGCUCCUCAGAAAAUAUCCCAGGAAUCUCAUACGGAGACAGAUUUGAACUUCCUAGAAAAGGAAGGUGACAAGACUAAAUCUGAAGUUAAGAAUGAAGGAACAGUUGAAAGCAGUCAAGACUUGGAGAACCCUGAACUGGAACAGCUUGACAGUCUUGAAAAUCUUUCCCCCAGCAGGCGCAUUAUACGGGACUUGCUUGAGACUGAAGAAAUUUAUAUAAAAGAAAUUAAGAGCAUAAUUGAUGGAUAUAUCACACCAAUGGAUUUUAUUUGGCUAAAGCAUCUGAUCCCAGAUGUUCUUCAAAAUAACAAGGACUUUCUCUUUGGGAAUAUUAGAGAACUUUAUGAAUUUCACAACAGGACUUUUCUAAAAGAAUUGGAAAAAUGCACUGAAAAUCCUGAACUUCUGGCACGUUGCUUUCUCAAGAGAAAAGAAGAUCUUCAAAUAUAUUUUAAAUACCACAAGAACCUGCCCCGAGCUAGGGCAAUCUGGCAAGAGUGUCAAGACUGUGCCUACUUUGGGGUGUGCCAGCGCCAACUGGAUCACAAUCUCCCUCUUUUUAAGUAUCUUAGAGGACCAAGCCAGAGACUUAUAAAAUACCAGAUGCUAUUGAAGGGCCUGCUGGAUGUUGAGUUUCCUGAAGAUUUGGAGAUGGAACCAGGUGAAUUAGAAGGAGGUUCAGCCAAGGAUGGGCCAAAGAAGACCAAGGAUUCCACAUUCUCAGCUGAACUACAACAAGCUUUGGUCAUGAUGGAGGAUUUGAUUAAGUCUUGUGAGUUGGCUGUGGACCUAGCAGCUGUCACUGGAUGUCCGGACGAUAUAGGAAACCUGGGCAAACUGUUGAUGCACGGCCCUUUCAACGUCUGGACAAUUCACAAGGAUCGCUAUAAGAUGAAGGAUUUUAUGCGAUUUAAGCCCAGCCAGAGGCAAAUCUAUCUAUUUGAAAGAGGAAUAAUGUUCUGUAAGAUCCGAGUGGAGCCCAGUGACCAGGGGUUAUCUCCUCAUUACAGCUUUAAGAAGUCUAUGAAGUUGACAACACUUUCAAUUCGCCAAGUUGGAAGGGGGAGCAACAAAAAGUUUGAGAUUGCCAGUCGAAAUGGACUUGAGAAAUACAUCUUGCAGGCAGCUUCAAAAGAAAUCAGAGAUUGCUGGUUUUCAGAAAUAAGUAAAUUACUGAUGGAACAACAAAACAGUACUAAAGGCCAAGGGAAUCUACAAUUUGAAGCAAGUACUAGCAAAGACAGCGGAGAGGAAUUUGUACCUUGGAUUGAAGAUCCAGAAAGAGCUACUGGCAGCAAGGAGGAUCCAGUCCUCAGCACCUGUGGGAUUAAAGGCUGCUCCAGCAGGGAGUGUAUCUCCAUGGAAACCUUUGAAGAGUGCGAAGUUGUGGAAGAAAUGGAAAAGGAGAGCAGUGCUCUGAGUCUCUCAGGACUUUUCCACUUGGAUGACAGUUAUGAAACCUGCUCCUCUAAAUCUGUUCUGGAGAUGGGAGAAAGCAUCCAGGGAGAAAAAGAAGAGCCCAAAGAGGAAGAAAGGGCAGCAAACAUAACUGAAGAGAGCGAUGGGCUGUCCAGUGGCCCGAACGCCCUAGAGGACGCCUGA